GGUCUAACACCCAAUGAAGAUUCCAUAGACUUGUGAUGGAAGUCAUGAAAGAAACUUCACAACAAUGUAAGAAGAAAAUCAAAAACAAUAAAAAAGAAUUCUACAAUUAAAUAUAUAAAAAAAAACUCAGUGUUAUCUCUCUCUCUCUCUCUCUCUCUAUCCUUCCCCACACUCUCCAUCUUUUAUGUACUCCUCAGAUCUGACCAGAGGAGAAAGAACCAGAGGAGAAAGAACAUGACUGAUCGAGUCUUCCCAGCUUCAAAGCCACCAACCGCCACUAACGGAGCUCCACCCGGUGGCGCCUUACCACCUCCUCCGUCUGAUAACGGCAACGGAACAGCUAACCAGAAACCUCAAGUCUACAUUCCGGCUAACCGUCCGGUCUACCGUCCGCAGCCUUACAGCCGCCACCACCACCACCAAUCACGACCGAGCUGCCGGAGAGUCUGCUGCUGCUGCUGUUUCUGGUCCAUCCUCAUCCUCCUCAUCCUCGCUCUCCUAACCUCCAUCGCCGCCACCGCCGUGUACGUCAUCUACCACCCUCGCCCGCCGCUGUUCUCCGUCCCGUCGCUUCGUGUCGGCCGCGUCAACCUCACCACCUCCUCGGACGCUUCCGUCUCGCACCUCUCUUCCUUCUUCAACUUCACGCUGAUCUCCGUGAACCCCAACCAGCACCUCACCUUCUCCUACGAUCACUUCGCCGUCGCCGUUAAAACCGUUAAAUCUAACGAGAUGUUAGCUAACGGAACGGUUUCCGGUUUUUUCAGCGGUAACGGGAACAAGACAUCUUUUCGGAGCGUGAUCGCGACGUCUACUUCGGCGCGUGAGCUGGAUCCGGAUGAAGCGAGGCGUUUGAAGUCGGAUCUGACGCGAGGGGCGCGCGUGGGGUUGGAGAUCGAGAUGCGGACGAAGGUGAAGAUGCAGAUGGGGAAGCUGAAGAGUGAAGGAGUAGAGAUCAAAGUGACGUGUGGAGGGUUCGAAGGGACAGUGCCUAAAGGUAAAGUUCCGACCGUAGCGACUUCGAAACAGACCAAGUGUAAGUCUGAUCUGAGUGUUAAGGUCUGGAAAUGGAGUUUGCUUCUACUUCGCUACCUAAUAAGAAUCUCGUUUUGCACUUCUAGAAAGGGAAUAUCAUCACAAUCUAUGGCGGAGAAGCUCGAGCCGGCGAAGGUUUUGUACUGCGGAGUUUGCUCUCUCCCCGCUGAGUACUGCGAGUUCGGUCCCGAUUUCGCGAGAUGUAAGCCUUGGCUCAUUGAUAACGCUCCUGACCUCUAUCCUGAUCUCCUCAAAGAAGCUAAUGAGAAGGGAGGAGUAGAUAAUGUUUCUGAUAAGCUCCAGUCCGUGGGAAUCUCUGCCGCUGAUGGUGCACCCUCUUCUUCUCAGACUGGAGGGACAUCCAAGAAGGAGGAAGUGAAACGUCUUCCUGGGGGAAAAGUUAAAAAGAAAGAGAGGCAAGAAGUUAUUAUUGAAAAGGUUGUCCGCAACAAGCGCAAGUGUAUCACCAUUGUGAAAGGACUAGAACUCUUUGGGAUAAAACUCAGUGACGCGUCUAAAAAGCUUGGGAAGAAGUUUGCUACUGGAGCAUCAGUUGUGAAGGGACCAACUGAGAAGGAGCAAAUUGAUGUUCAAGGGGAUAUAAUCUAUGACAUAGUUGAAUUCAUUACAGACACUUGGCCCGACGUACCUGAAAGAUCCAUUUUCUUCAUUGAAGAUGGGAAGAAGGUUCAGGCUGGUUGAUGAUUUACCCUUUGUCCUUGGAGUUUUUUGGCAUGGAAGUUUCAUGUAGACGAACUAGUUUCCGAGUCCUCCCAUGUGUUUUUCUUAUUACCAAACGUCUCUGUUUCUCUUUGUGGAUCUAAGCAUUUCAAAACGAUAUUUUUUUAAUCUUUCUAAUUAAUAUAAACACAUAUUACAAGACUGCAUAGUAACUAACAUGAAGAUUUUAUGAAUCAUAA